CUUCUCGGUACUUCCUCUCUGGCAGACUUAGCGGACAGCACCCAGACCUGGGGCUGGGACCCUGGAACUGGGGCAGAUCUGGGAAUAGGCUACGCCACUCUGCCCUGACCUUGGGAUUGGCACCAGUUUCCAACCACUACCCAGCAAAGCCUGUAAGUCCUUGCAGUGGCCACGGACACCACAUCGUGAGCAGCACCUCCUCACUAGGUGUCAUGUUCGUCAUUCCGUUGACUAUCAUCCUACUGUCAGUGGCGCUGGCUGUGGGGCUUCCCGGCAACAGCUUUGUGGUGUGGAGCAUCCUGGUAAAGAUGCGGAAGCGCUCUGUCACUGCCUUGUUGGUGCUGAACCUGGCUGUGGCCGACUUGGCUGUAUUGCUCACUGCCCCCUUCUUCCUGCACUCUGUGGGCCGGGGCACCUGGGUGUUUGGACUGGCUGGCUGCCGUCUGUUUCACUAUGUCUGCGGCGUCAGCAUGUACGCCAGCGUCCUGCUGAUUGCCGCCAUGAGUCUGGACCGCUCGUUGGCGGUGGCCCUCCCUUUUGUGUCCCAGAAGUUUCGUACCAAGUCCGUUGUCUGGUGGGUGCUGGCAAGCAUCUGGGUGAUGUCCUUUCUGCUGGCCAUCCCCGUCAUCAUGUACCGCACGGUGCUGGCACCGACCAACCAGAGCCUGGUGUGCUUCACCAAGUACUCCAGCGACCGACUCAGGGCUUUCCAUCUGCUCUUCGAGGCCCUCACCGGCUUCCUGCUGCCCUUCCUGGUGGUGGUGGCCAGCUACUGGGACAUCAGGCGCAGGCUGCAGGCCCGCCGCUUCCGCCGCAGCCGCCGCACCGGCCGCCUGGUGGCGCUCAUCAUCCUGGCCUUCGCCGCCUUCUGGCUGCCCUACCACGUGGUGAACCUGGCCGAGGCGGGCCGGGCGCUGGCGGGCCAGGGCUCGGGGCCAGCGGGCGUGUGGCUGCGCCUGGCCCGCUCCGUGUUCAUCGCGCUGGCCUUCCUGAGCAGCAGCGUGAACCCCGUGCUGUACGCGUGCGCGGGCGGCGGCCUGCUGCGCUCCGCGGGCGUGGGCUUCGUCGCCAAGCUGUUGGAGGGCACCGGCUCCGAGGCGUCCAGCACCCGCCGCGGGGGCACCCUGGCCCAGACGGUGAGGGGCCCCGCCGCCCCUCCCGAGCCUGGCACCUCCGAGACCCUGGCAGACUCCACCAACCCUCUCCAAUGAGCGAACUGAACUAGGCCUGGGAGGUGCUGCUGGUGCUGCUGCUGCUGCUGGUGGGGGAAGGACAACGGCUCUUCUGGCUCUUCUCGUGGCAGAGCGCCCCCCACGUUGGCCUGACCUGGUUCUGUACCCUGAGGAGGAGGGGGACGCCAGCGGGGGGAGGGGCGGGGCAGGUGAGGGCGAGUGAGGGCCCGGAGCAGCUCUGCAAUUAAAACGAGUCUGAGGGUACCUGGGUGGCUCCGGUCGGUGGUCGGGUGGUUGAGCGGCUGCCUUUGGCUCAGGGCUUAGCUCGUGAUCCCGGUUGUCCUGGGACGGAGCCCACACCAGGCCCCCCGCAGGGAGCCUGC